UUUUAUUUUCCUGUAAAUUCAUUGUAUCAAAACUUGUGCCCCCAGUAGAAUUCAUACAAAGCAAACUAAAAGCCAUAUGAGGACUAAAAUCACUGAAGCAAAUACUCAAUAACGAAAUAAAACGUUUUCUAAAUUCUUUAAAAAAUGAAGAUAACCAAGUUCCGUCAGAAUUGAUUGUAUGUAAAUCUAAAAAAUGUUUGGGAAAAUUAUAUUGUUUGGGGAAUGUUUGUGAGAAUUUAUAAAUGUUUUCCGGAAUUGGUUGUGAGAAUUUUUAAAUGUUUUCCGGAAAAAUGUUUGUGAGAAUUUAUUAAUGUUUUCCGGAAAAAUGUUGGUCGAAAGUUAUAGAUGUUUUUCGGAAAUGUUUGUAAGAAAUCGUAGAUGUUUUUCCGGAAUUGUUCUAAGGGAAUUAAUGUUUUCCGGAAAAAUGUUUGUGGGAAUUUAUAGAUGUUUUCCGGAAUUGGUUUAGGGGACUCUUUAUAAAUGUUUUCCGGAAAUGUUUGUAGGAAAUCGUAGAUGCUUUUCCGGAAUUGUUCGAAGGAAUUUAUUGUUUUCCGGAAUUGGUUGUGGGAACUGUUUAUAAAUGUUUUCCGGAAUGUU